GUACAAGUUCGUCUUGGCUGCCGCAGAGGACUCUGAUUUGCGAGAUGCUGCCUUCUGCUGACCUAUCAAAGGCAGUUUUACCUGCUCUUUCGGGACUUUUUUAGACUCGUUUUCCUCGCGCUUGUUCCCGCCGAGUUUCUCUUUGCUGGCAAGCGCCGCGGUGUCUGCUGUGCAUCUAAAUCCAAGUUUCUACUACAUUUCGUUCUCCUCUUUCUUUCCAAGCCUCCACACAUGUAUAUACGUUUAAAUAUCUGUACGUAUGCAUGGUAGGGGGCCUUGCUGCGCGUUUGCGCUGUACACGCAUCCCGAAACCCACGGUACACUUUCUGGUUUCUUCAACUAAUAGGAGGGUCUAAGCACCUCAACAAGAGUCGUCACUGAUUCUCUGUUUGCACUCGUUAUUCUUCCGUUUUCCCCCUUGUGGUGUUUCGAGUAUUUUCGCUCUUUCUGAGCUGCCCGGGGCUUGUAGCUGACGGCUGCUCUUCUUCGAGAAGCGCCUUUUUGAGUCUUUCAUUCCCUGUAGCGGCUUCCCAAGGCAAUCCCAGUUAGUCAAAAUAAAGCGGAUGGAGGGCAGCGCUCUGCACAAGCUGCGUCGAGCGGGACCGCCCCCGUCGCGCCGCAUGCAGACAUCCAAAGGUACAGACCAAGCAAAGGGAAAGCUCUUGGCUUCGCAUGAAGCGGCAAAAGCCAAGAGAAACGCCACAAAAGGCGGCGCCAAGACAGUCGCAGCCUUCAAACGCUCAAUGCAUUGCACUGGUGUGAAGGGAAAGAAUGUCUUGUCCCACAAGUCAAAACUUAGCCGAAAGUCUCCCUCUCGAGGCAAGGCGCUGCUGCACGGUGUGAGUGAGAGCGACGACGAGGACGAAGAGGAAGAAGACGAAGAUGAGGAAGACGAAGAGGAAGAAGACAGAGAAGCGGGAGACGAGGAGGACUUUGAAGCAGAGGAGGAAGAGGAAGACGGGGAAGAAGGCGAAGAAAGUAACAAAGUUAGUGAAGAGGAGGAUCGUGCCGAGGAGGACCAAGACGCAGGAGAGGAAGACAGUGAUUCUGAAGAGGAUGCAGAUGACCAACAGGUCACAGAUGAAGCUGCGCGUACAAUGAAGGGAAGGCGAAACAAUUCUUCAUAUUCGUGUACUCCUUCUCGCAGGAAGAGAGCAGGAGACGAAAGUGGAGCCAUUCCGGGAAGCCUGGCAAUGUCUCCUUCCGUGGAGAAACGAAGGAGGGCGGGGGAUGCAGCUGUCGCUGACGACUCUUCUUUUUCUCAGCCGAGAGAGAAUGAGGAAGAGCCAGCUGCGGCAGGCUCUCCCUGGUUAGGGGUCGAGAACGCGCCGACAUUCGCCUCUCUGGGUGUGCCGCCAGCUUUGAUUCGAACAGCGGCUUCUCUUCACAUUUUCCAUCCGUCGCCGAUUCAAGUCCUUUCUCUGCCGCAUACUCUGCGCGGGAAGAACGUUUGCGGCCUCGCACCGACGGGGAGCGGCAAGACACUCGGCUACUGCUGGCCUCUCCUUCAGAGAAUCGGGCGAGGCGACGGUCACGCUUUCAUGGGUCUCGUCUUGCUGCCUGCGCGAGAACUCGCGAUUCAAGUCCUCGAUCAGUUCCGAAUCUACGGAGUCCAGCUGGGGGUGCGUGUAUGUCUGCUUCUGGGCGGGCGGGACCUCGUGGAGGAAGGCAAGCUGCUAGACCAGUGCCCGCACAUUGUGAUCGCGACCCCGGGGCGGAUGUCGGACCACGUGCAGAACGAUCCGUUGCGGAUGAAAAAGCGGCUUUCUCUAGUGGACGUUUUGGUCCUGGACGAGGCGGACCGCCUUCUCUCCGACGAAUUCGAAGACGACUUGAAAACCAUUCUUUCUUGUGUGCCCACUUCCUCUCAAGGCCGCCAGACCUUGCUGUUUUCUGCCACCGUCAGCCCGGCGUUGCUGGCGCUACAGCGACGGUUCGGGGACGACGCGAUGCCGCUGGUCGAUGCUCAUCCGACAGACCAGCCCGCGCUGCCGAAUCUAUCCCAUUUCUACAUGUUUGUUCCCACGCGCAUGCAGCCGAUCUAUUUGCUGUAUCUUCUGGAGCACACCUCGCCGUUCUGCUCGGACAGGGGCAUCGUGUUCGCGGGGUCUGUGCGCCAGACUCAGCAGAUCUGCACCGCCCUAGAGAUUUUGAAGCAGUCAGCCACGCCGCUUCACUCGCUCAUGGAGCAGCGCAAGCGCGUCGCGUGUUUGGAGAAAUUCCGCAGCGAAACCUCAAGGCUGCUUAUCUGCACGGACGUCGCCGGCAGGGGUCUUGACCUCCCGCGAGUCGAGUUCGUCAUCAACAUGCAAGUCCCAGGAAAGGCGCAGGAUUAUGUUCACCGGACUGGGCGUACAGCCCGAGCAGGCCGGAAGGGGGUCGCUCUGACAUUCGUGGAUCCCAAGUCUGUCAGGGCUGUUCACCGGAUCGAGGCACUGAUCAAUACCCAGUUGCAGCCUUUGCCGUCGAUAAACGAACAGGACGUUUUGAAGUUCUUGAGCAAUUACAGCAAGGUUGUGCAGAAAUCGCUUCUGUUUUUGAAUGAAAUAGGUUUCGACGAGAAGGCCGAACAACAUGAAGAAUACACAAAAGCUUUCAAGGAAGCGCGAAGGAAACGCCGUGCCCAGAAAGCAGAAAUCGCCAAUGUCGUCCAUGUUUGACUGCGUUCUCUAUCUCCACGUACCGUCGCGGACCG